AUGAACCUGGAAAAACCUUUAUACACCUUCAAUGCAAUAUGCGGCGCGAAAGGAGACAAAAACGCUCUCAGGAUUGUUGGACCGUGUCCAGAUUAUGCCCUUAUUCGAUCAUGGCUUGGGCAAUGCAACAAAGAGCACAGAGAAUGCCAGAUACUUGGAAGUACUGAGAACCUGAAGAUCAUCACAUUGAUUGACGUUCAAAACCAACGCCUCGUUCGGUAUAAGCCGGGCUUACAAUAUGUUGCGCUGAGCUAUGUGUGGGGAGGCGCACCAGUGCCAGAAAGAAUCCCUGGUCGGCCUUUUGAGCUACCGAACAAUAUUUCCAAGACCAUCAACCACGCCAUGGUUGUAGCCGAAAAUAUUGGCAUUCCGUUUUUGUGGGCUGAUGCUGUGUGCAUCGAUCAAGAUAAGGUUGAAGAGAAGAACCAGCAGCUCCCUUUGAUGAAUUAUAUUUACGAGCAUGCUUCUGCUACAAUCAUAGCAUUGGGCGACCAUGCGAAUUUCGGUCUCCCCGGCGUCCAAGGAGGUCCAGAACGCCUCAUGCAAUUAGUGGCCGAGUUUGGCCCCCUCCAGCUUAUGGCGCGCAACCCCUUGCUUUCCUCUCAGAUUCAGAGUUCGGCAUGGUCAAAAAGGGGCUGGACGUAUCAAGAAGGCCUUUUCUCCCGACGAUGCAUUUACUUUUCGCAGCACCAGAAGAUUCGCCCGCUCCAAAGUCUAUCUCCCGGGCGGACAGCUCUCAUUCCGAUGCGGCUUAUAUUUCUCGAAACUCAUUGCUGCAACCCAACAUUCACACAAGAGGCCAUGUCUUGGGUGACAUGGACCUUUUCGCUUCAUACUUCAAUGAAUAUAGCUCUCGAAAAGUCACGAAUGGAAAGGACGCCAUAA